GGCGGCGGCUGCCUGAGGAGGCGCGGGUUGCGGAGGCGGCGGAGGCCGAGGCGGAGCCUGGAGAGGUGUGGCUGGACCAAGACCUCCCCUGAUGUAAGCAAGCUCCCUCCUCCCCCCACCACCCGUUGCCACCACGCCAGGGGACAUCCUCAAGCCCUGGCCCUUAGGGGAGAGGUAACAGGAGCCCAGAGCCGAGACCAUGUGACGGCGCUGGCCCUUGCCACCGCCGUCCCCCAACCCUGGCCCCAGGCCUGGCACCAUGAUGUUCCGAGACCAAGUAGGCAUCCUCGCUAGCUGGUUCAAGGGCUGGAAUGAAUGUGAGCAGACAGUGGCUCUGCUGUCGCUUCUGAAGCGGGUCACCCGUACCCAAGCCCGCUUUCUGCAGCUCUGCCUGGAACACUCGCUGGCGGACUGCAAUGAUAUCCACCUGCUGGAGUCAGAGGCCAACAGUGCUGCCAUCGUCAGCCAAUGGCAACAGGAGUCCAAAGAGAAGGUGGUAUCCCUCUUACUAUCCCACCUGCCCCUACUCCAACCAGGCAACACAGAGGCCAAGUCCGAGUACAUGAGACUGCUGCAGAAGGUGCUGGCCUACUCCAUCGAGAGCAAUGCCUUCAUUGAGGAGAGCCGCCAACUCCUCUCCUAUGCCCUCAUCCACCCAGCCACCACGCUGGAGGACCGCAAUGCGCUCGCCCUCUGGUUGAGCCAUCUGGAAGAGCGGCUGGCUAGUGGUUUUCGCACCCGACCAGAGCCCUCCUACCAUUCACGCCAGGGCUCAGAUGAGUGGGGGGGACCUGCAGAGCUGACCCCUGGAGAGGCAGGACCAGGCUGGCAGGACAAGCCACCCCGAGAAAAUGGACAUGUACCCUUCCACCCAUCCAGCUCAGUGCCGCCGGCCAUCAACAGUAUUGGGAGCAAUGCAAACACAGGUCUCCCCUGCCAAAUCCACCCUAGCCCGCUGAAGCGCUCCAUGUCACUCAUCCCUACAAGCCCCCAGGCCCCUGGUGAGUGGCCGAGUCCAGAGGAGCUUGGGGCCCGGGCUGCUUUCACCACGCCCGACCACGCACCCCUCUCGCCACAGAGCAGUGUGGCCUCCUCUGGCAGUGAGCAGACGGAGGAGCAGGGCUCCAGCCGGAACACUUUCCAGGAGGAUGGCAGCGGGAUGAAAGAUGUGCCCUCAUGGCUCAAGAGCCUCCGCUUGCACAAGUAUGCUGCUUUGUUCUCACAGAUGAGCUAUGAAGAGAUGAUGACCCUAACAGAGCAGCACCUAGAGUCGCAGAAUGUCACCAAAGGUGCCCGGCACAAGAUAGCCCUGAGCAUCCAGAAGCUUCGUGAAAGACAGAGCGUCCUCAAGUCCCUGGAGAAGGAUGUGCUGGAAGGUGGCAAUCUGCGGAACGCUCUGCAGGAACUGCAGCAGAUCAUCAUCACCCCUAUCAAGGCCUACAGUGUCCUUCAGGCCACCCCUACUGCCAAGGAUGGGGGUCGGGGGGAGCCGCUACUGCCAGGUGCUGAGCCUCCCCUCACCCAUCCUGGAACAGACAAGGGCACUGAGGCCAAGGACCCUCCAGCUGCAGAGAACUAUCCUUCUCCACCAGCUCCAGCUCCCACUGAUAGCAGUGAGCCAGCUCCAGCUCCCGUCGCCGACGGAGACAUCCCCAGCCAGUUUACACGGGUGAUGGGCAAAGUAUGCACCCAGCUGCUGGUGUCCCGACCAGAUGAGGAGAACAUCACUAGUUACCUCCAGCUCAUCGAAAAGUGCCUGACUCAUGAGGCUUUCACAGAGACACAGAAGAAGCGGCUGCUGUCCUGGAAACAGCAAGUGCUGAAACUCCUCCGGACAUUUCCGCGAAAAGCUGCAUUAGACAUGCAGAACUACCGGCAGCAGAAGGGCUGGGCAUUUGGCUCCAACUCACUCCCCAUAGCUGGCUCUGUGGGGAUGGGUGUGGCCCGGCGGACCCAGCGGCAGUUCCCAAUGCCUCCUCGGGCCCUCCCACCUGGCAGGAUGGGCCUCCUGAGCCCUUCAGGCAUUGGGGGUGUCUCUCCUCGACAUGCCCUUACCAGCCCCAGUCUUGGGGGUCAGGGCCGACAGAACCUGUGGUUUGCCAACCCUGGAGGCAGUAACAGCAUGCCCAGCCAGAGCCGCAGCUCUGUGCAGCGUACUCACUCGCUCCCAGUCCACUCGUCACCCCAGGCUAUUCUCAUGUUCCCUCCAGACUGCCCGGUACCUGGGCCUGACCUGGAGAUCAAUCCCACCCUGGAGUCUCUGUGUCUGAGCAUGACAGAACACGCCUUGGGUGAUGGGACAGACAAAACCUCCACCAUCUGACGGGACCCACAGUCCAGCGCACCCAUAGGCUCCCUGGGCGGCGGGCGGGGGCCAUCCCCCAACAGGCUUCUUCUCGGCAGCGAGAGGGUGGGCUGGCACAGCUAUACAUUCUGAUAUUUUUCUACUCAUCCUCUUAACUUUUGUUUAACAUUGGCACAUGCCUUGCUCACUCCCAG